UGUUUACUACUUUAAUUAUGAUAAAGUCAUAUAUGUGGUACUAUUGUAGUCGUGUUGUUGUAGAAUUAGUAUAUGAUUAUCUAUGAGUGCGGUGAUUCACCAUUUUGGUAACUAGGGCUUUAACCCUUGACUUAACAAAUAUCCACGUGAUCAUAAAUGAUCAGAUUUCUCAUAGUAAUUUUUUUUUUCUUACCAGUUGGAGGUAUCGCGAAACAAUUUUUGAAAAUUUAAUUAUAUCAUAAUUUUAUUAUCAACUGGUUUUAAAGAAAGUAUCAACGUCAAUAACUAUAAUCCAAGAUGUCUACUCCAAUCAACAAGGAAAAGGUCGAACAAGAACAAGAACAAAUCCACAAGAUUAGAAUCACUUUAACUUCCACCAAAGUUAAACAAUUAGAAAACGUUUCUGCCAACAUUAUUAAAAAUGCUAAACAAAACGAUAUUGUUAAAAAGGGUCCUGUUAGAAUGCCAACUAAAGUCUUAAAGAUCACCACCAGAAAAACUCCAAAUGGUGAAGGUUCUAAGACCUGGGAUACUUAUGAAAUGAGAAUCCACAAGAGAGUUAUUGAUUUACAAGCUCCAGCUACCAUUGUUAAGAGAAUUACUCAAAUCACCAUCGAACCAGGUGUGGAUGUUGAAGUUACCAUUGCUGCUUAAGCAGGUUAACCACUCAAACUUCUAAAAUGGUCUACCUUUAAUCACUCCUAUCAUUCAUCAUCAUUCAUUUACGGUCUUCAUAUUCAAAUUUUACUCAUUAUCAAUCAUAGAUCAAUAAUUAUUCUUUUUUAUACUAUUUUUUCAAUUAUCAUUCUUUAUUUUUUAUUAGAAGAGACAUUAUGUCCAAAAGCUCUAGGCGUACCGUACAUUUUAGUUAAUGUACAGACGUUGAAGGUGCCAGCUAUCAGGUUUUGGUAUAAUAAGAUUCAUUAUGUUAUAAGUUUUUAAAAGAAAUGGAAUGAAAAAUUAUAAAUACCUGAAAUUAAAUUUAUUGUCUACUAUAUUGAUUAUUAAUUUGUAUUAUGUUUACUCGUGGAUGAUUUUUGAUAUUGAUAGUUGUUUUUAUUACUGUAUAUUUACUUUAUUCAUAUAUAUUUACCUUUAAUUAAUACAUAUGUUACGGUUCAUUCAUAC